CUGCUCAUCACUGUAACCUGUAGCGUCCAACCACGGUUGCAGUGACACAGCGACUUGUCCGGUUCCGACUCGACCAUGCAUCUGCCCAUGACACUUAUGUGGCUUGUUUCUGCUCUCGUUGCCCUCACCAUCUGCCAUGACCUUCCAAUCCAGCAUGUCAUGCUAUCACCCAACUCUCAGUCUCUGGACACAGUCUCGAAAGAAUUAUAUGCUGAGUUUGUCCGUUUCGCGGCCUUCUCGUCUGCGGCGUACCAGAUGAUUUGUCCCACGCCGCUCGGCGCUGUGCUUGUCCAGUCGUUUCUCAACCUAUUGACGAACACGAAGGGUUAUGUCGCCCGCGACGAUGACAAGAAGCAGAUCAUUGUCGCAUUUCGAGGUUCCCAAGAGCUUGAAGACUACCUCACUGAUGGCAACAUUCUCCUCGUGCCCUUCGAGUCGCAGGGUGUCACUGUGAACUCCUCGAACAAUGUUGCAACGCACGGAGGAUUUCUCAUGGCUUAUAAUGCCGUGGCACCUAUAGUCUUGGAAACCCUUGAAACACAGGUCUCAGCGUACUGGGAUUACACCGUGAUCUCAACCGGACACUCCCUCGGGGGCGCGAUAGCUUCCAUCGCCAGCCUCUCUAUCAAGUCUACCUUCCCUGGCGUGGAGGUGCGAUUGUUCACCUUCGGUCAACCGAGAACAGGUAACGGUGAUUAUGCCGAUUUAGUGCAAGAGGUUGUGGGUUCUGCUAAUCUAUAUCGAGCCGUUCACACCUUUGAUGGUGUGGCGACCAUGAUUCCAGAAGCUCUAGGUUACCGUCAUCACACGACCGAGUACUGGCAGUUUGAGGAACCUCCGAACCCGGAAACUGUUCGCAAGUGUGAAGGUCAGGAAGAUCCGACCUGUAGCGCCUCUAUCGUUUCUUCUGGCAUCAAUGUCGCGCACCCUGUCUACUUCGGAGAAGUCAUGUCCAUGGAUGCUACAAUAUGUCUAUGAUAUUCCACCUUGUUCUCUUUCCAUAACACCCGCUUCCUCUAGAUUCUGGUUCUUCUCUUGCAUAUGUUUUUGGCUCUUGGGAACUCAUCACAUUGUACUAUAUUCUGUUGCAAACUCGUCCGUUCACUAAAAUAUCGGUCUUAUUAAUACUUCCACAUCACGUUUGCCUUUUGUAUAUACAUAUGCCCCUCAUCAACCUGUAGGUAGUCAUAAUCUUAUACCUGUGAAACACGGUGGUCUGAUUCGGAUCCUGUGUCCGCAUACUUU